GCACCUACUUCCGGCAGCCACUUCCGCUGCUUCACAUGGACCAAACUGUGUACAGCAGGGAAACUUGAAUAUUUUGCUAGCUGCGUAAAAUAUAGCGCUCAUAUUCAGUCUGUUAUUUAGUUUGUAGUUGUUAGAUAAAUAUUUAUUACCGGCUAACAUGCUGCUUUUUUGUCCAACCUGCGGAAAUGUUUUAAUAGUCGAGGAAGGACAGAGGUGUAUGAGGUUCGCCUGUAACACCUGUCCGUAUGUCCACAACAUCACAAGAAAGGUAAACAACAGGAAGUAUCCCAAGAUGAAAGAGGUGGAUGAUGUUCUGGGUGGAGCUGCAGCUUGGGAAAACGUGGACUCAACUGCUGAAACCUGUCCGAAGUGCGAGCAUCCUCGGGCGUAUUUCAUGCAGAUUCAGACCAGAUCAGCCGACGAGCCGAUGACGACUUUCUACAAAUGCUGCAACGCCCAGUGUGGACACAGAUGGAGAGACUGAAACCUUGUGCACUUUGAAAAUCGUAAAAUAUAUUUAAUGCUCAUGUGGCACAGAUGUGACCCUUAUACCCUGUCCUUCAUUUUUGAGCUUCGUAAAUAGGCUCUGGUAGAUAUUUUUUUUUCGGCUUCUGAUGAUUUCCAGUCAGUGCAGUUCAUCUUCUGUGUGUUGACACAGCUGAAGAAACUUACAUUUUCCUUUUGUGUUUGCAGAUAUUUACUUACAGAACUCACUUUUUUCUAAAUAACAUUAAAAUGAGUGAAAAAAAAAAUCAUGUUCUGAUUUUUAUUGAUAAAAUAGUACCUGUAUACAACAGUCAAACAAAUUUUGACUUACAUAGUUAUACAUAUCACGGACAUUUAGAGAGCAAUGCAGACCAGCAUUAUCCACAACAAUGGCAUACAGUACUUCGUAUUAAAAGUUCAAUGCAAUCCUUCAACUCAAAAUUCACUUUCUUGCACAGCUUAGCUAGCCUCAAGAAGAAAAAACAAAAUCAAAUGCACAUAGAGUCAAGGAACUAGCCGGUGAGAAUUAUUCGUUUGGAUGUGUGGCUCAUGCAGACAAACUGCACUUAGUGAGUGAAGGUGAACGGCAGGUCGGGCAUGCUGUGAUGGCCAUACAAUGCUCCUUCAUUGUUAGUAGUAAUCUCUAUGGAAUCACAAUGUUGUUUUGCAGGAUGUCUGAUACAGUCAUUUAUUUGUAGCUUAUUUCCUAGCGGAGGUCACUAUUUAAUAUAAGUCAAAAGACAUCAGUAUUUAUCAUCUAACAUGCAUCUGAGCAAUGCGGGUAAUCUUAAAGGUCUGAUGCCGCAUUAGGAGGGUCACAGCCUAAACAAUGUUGUGAUGAUGAUGGUGCCACCACUGUAGUUUGUUUGCCAACAUUCUUAACUAGAGAGAGGACAUGUGAUUGCUAAGAGUUCAUUAAGUGUGUCUCCAUCAGUAACAGUAAAACUCUAAAGUUUAAAGUCUGACACUGUAAGUCCUCAAAGCCCAAAUCUCUCAGACUAAUGACAGCUGAGGUUGAGUUUUCAUGAAUGCAUCAGAGGGGGGGUUGGGGGGACUGAAUUCCAACUUAAAGUGCAUAUCUUGGCUUUAUCAUCAAAAUAAGUACAUCAUGGACAGAGGGCGGUAACUGUUAAUCACUCGGCAUUUUGUGACUACUGACUGAAGCCCUGAAGAUUAAUAAAUAUAGCAAGUAACACCAAUCUCGGGCGUUCGCCAAACAAGCAAAUACGUCGGUCUAUCGAGCUGCGAAUGGUUCGUUAGUUUGCUCACAUUCGAAAAGGGAUAAUGAUAAAAGGAAAAACUAGAUCUGUUAGAACCAAAAUGAUCAUACAUGGACAAAAAUGUUCACAGUUCUCAAUAUUAACUUGUUAAAAUAAUGGAUAAAAUAUCUGAAAUAAAUAUGAGAAAAAACAAAACAAAGCUAACCCAGCAUGUUUGUCUUCAAUACGCUGCUUCUCAGCAAGAUUCACAGAUGAUUCAAAUAAAUAAAGUGACCAUUUUCACAGCUUUCUCCUACUGAGGCUGUCUAUCCAGAUUAUUUUUUGACCUUUAUCAUGCAUAACAUCACAAGCCUUGUCUCAGAGUUUCCAUACCGGAUCAGAUGCACCUGCGUGCAAGCUGCCUAUCCAUCUCUGUGGAUGUUUUUUUUUGUGCCCUACGUCUUCUGUAGUUCAGUGAGAUUUGUACAUUUCAAAUGCAUGUUUACACAUGAAAGAAUUAUGCUGAAAGAUAUAUACAGUAAAUAUUCUGUGAACUAA